UGGAAAGGGAGUGGGAAACUCCAUUUCACUGUCCUAAGCCAGCAUCCCCUUCCUGCACGGAACAUCCACACUCACCACUUGAGGGCACUUCACACUACAAAACAAGGUGUUCCCUGCGAUAUCCACUGCAAUGUCAUGGCAGCACAUGAAAGCAGAGCGCAUCGCAAAGGAGGCAUGUGAGCAAUGAGGAAAUGAAAUGGCAGCAUUGAUGGAAACCAAACCCCAACCAGUGCCAUCAGGUGGGUGUUUUGCUUUGAAGGUGAAGCUCUACCAUCCAGACAUGUCCUGCUACAGCCCGUGCGUGCCCUGCCAGCCCUGCGGCCCGACCCCGCUGGCCAACAGCUGCAAUGAGCCCUGUGUCAGGCAGUGCCAGGACUCCAAUGUCUUCAUCCAGCCCUCCCCCGUGGUGGUGACCCUGCCCGGACCCAUCCUCAGCUCCUUCCCACAGAACACCGCCGUGGGCUCCUCCACCUCUGCUGCCGUUGGCAGCAUCCUCAGCUCCGAGGGAGUGCCCAUCAACUCCGGGGGCUUUGGCCUCUCUGGCUUGGGCCUCUCUGGCUUGGGCGGCCGCUUCUGCGGCAGGAGGUGCCCCCCCUGCUAAAGCUGCUGGCGAUGGCCCUGGGGAAGGGCCCAGGGACACACAAGAUGUCUCCGCACUGGGGAUGCCGACUCCUUUCUGCCUUUGGUGCUCCCUGCACCAGGAUCUCCACUCACAGUGUCCUUGUUUCCCUCUUUUGACUCA